AUUCGCUAUAGCAGUAGCCACUGUCGUAGCUACUGCUUCAGAACUGGUUGGACACCACGGUAAGGAGUAUGUUAUGGGUGCUAAAGCCAGAACAAGGAGCUAUUGCUAUCCCACCGCAAGGCAGCUAGCCUGGACUUUUGCUCCUUUAAUCCCAUAAAGACCAUGCAUUGCAUUUUGUGAAAGACACUAACUCUCUAUGGGUUAUUUUCGUUCUUGCAUGUGUACAAUAGUCCUUGCCAAUGAGUUUUUGGUGUGAACAGAGCUUCUCGCUUCCCUGACUGCAGUGAGUGUUUGGAGUGUGCAAAGAAAUCAGGCAUUUAAAGGUUUAAUUUUGUUGCAUUUCAGGGAAAAUACUUGUCCUGCAGAAUGAAUCUAGCAAAGCAUUUUAAUAACAUACAUUUAUAGUGCAAUUAGUGGGAUGCAUAAAGUGCUCUUUAUUUUAUUUUAUUUUAUUUCUGAAGACUAUAUAAUUAUCCCAUUUUUUAAACUUCAACCGAGCAUUCAAAAAGCUCUCUUACUUGGAUUGUCAGAGAUCUCCAAGUGGGAAAUGCAAGAUUUGAAGGGUGGAAAUGAGAAAACAAAUGUAUUUGGCUGAUGAGUAAUAUAUUUUGAUUGCUCAAGCUUGACUUUCUGUAUUUUAUUAAAUGUUUGCCAAGUAAUGGGAUUGCUAUUAUUGGAGGCAUGCAAAAGCAGUCUUUACUGAUUCUUUAAAAAUAUUUACAGCUUGUAUUAUUUGUAUCACAGUGCUUAUAAAGGCAACUGAAACAGUAUGGGCUGACCUGUUAUAUUGCUUUGCACAGUGGCAGUAUCGUAGCCAAUGAGGUUAAUCUGAGGCGUGAUUAUUGCUAAUUGAAAACUUUUCCCAAUACCCCGCCAUGACAACUUGAAAUAUAGUUGGCAAUUUUUUACACUCUCUACGGAGGGGCGGGACUGAGAAACUCUGGCUUGAAACUGAGAUUCUUUGCACCAUGUACAUUUUGUGACCUAAAGUAAAAUAAUCAGUUUUUGUAGACUACAGUGUUUUGCAAGUGCAGAUUCUCUAAGUGGAAUAAGAAAUUCCAUCACUUAUUUCUUCAGUAACAUUCCAUUUGUUUUCAGUGUCCAUUUAAAUAAUUAUUAAUUACGGUAACGUUCGUUUCUUUCUUUUACUAAAUUCUGACAGUAAUAACCAGUCCCCAAAAAUGUCUUUAGGUAGUGGGAUGGAUCAGAAUGAAGAGGAAAAAACUUUAGAUGCAUUCAGGCAAAGUAUAUAUUUAAAACCUAGAAAGGCUAGUAGAACAGUGAUACAUGAAUGUGCUGUGCAUUUAUCCUGCUAACCUUUCUUCUUCCUCAGCAAGUUUGUACUGUAGCAAAUUGAGAUCAUGAAUGUGGAUGAACUGAAAACUAUACACCAGACCUGUUUUCAAACAACCUUGAAUGUCUUCAACAUUUUAAAAAAUCAGAACAGGAUUUUUCACAUGCCUUGAUUUUGAAUUGUGAUGUUCUGCUAAUUGCUUUUGGGAGGACAAAGCAGUUAUACAGAAGCAAUCCCUGCACCACAGAUGAAAGCUUGCCGAAUCCCUGUUAUUUCUAUAGAGCCCUGUAUAAGCUGAGUCCCUGCUGGGAUAGCAUCAGUUAGGGAGGCCCCUUUCCCCUUUUGACAGGAAUAUUAUAAACUAGAACAGCUGUCCCUGAUAUGAAUGUAGGGGGCGGGAUGUACAGUAAUCUGUGGGCUCUGCCCGUGGAUGCCGCCUGGCCCCAAUGGGCCACUAGGAGUUAAGGAGGUGGUGACAGGGAAUUGGGGGUGGGAACCACACGUGGUUACAGCUGGCUCUAGUCCUUAUAAGGGCCAUGUGUGCUUUCAAAGCCCUAUGCUAACCUGCCGUGUGUUGCUUUUCCCUAGGCAUAUCAUGGAACCGAGCCCAGGAGGAGGCGGGGAAUCCGCACAUGCCGUGGCAUUGCUACGGGGUCUGAGUGCGCUGCGCUCUGAGAGGAGCCUGCUUGAUGUGACGGUGGUGGCUGGGGGCUGUGAGUUUGGGGCACAUCGAGCUGUGCUGGCCGCAGCUUCUGGCUACUUCCGUGCCAUGUUCGGUGGGUCACUGCGGGAGUCCCGAGCUGAGCGGGUACGGCUACAUGGGGUGGAUCCUGAGUGCCUGGCACUCUUGCUCGACUUUGCCUACACUGGUCGGGUGGGACGGCUGGGCCCCGACAUUGCGGAGCGGCUGCUGCGUGCUGCUGACCUACUGCAGUUUCCAGCUGUGAAGGAGGCAUGUGGCGCUUGGCUGGCCCAGCAGCUGGAACCAGCCAACGCGCUGGACAUGCAAGACUUUGCUGAGGCCUUUGCUUGCCCAGCCCUUGCGGCUGCUGCACAUCGCUUUGUGCUGCGCCACGUGGGUGAGCUGAGUGCGCAGUUGGAGCGGCUGCCAUUGGCACGGCUCAUCUCCUACCUGCGGGAUGAUGAGCUGUGUGUGCCCAAGGAGGAAGCUGCCUUCCAGCUGGCACUGCGUUGGGUACGUGCCGACCCAGCUGCCCGCGCCCCGCUGCUGCCGCAACUUCUGGCCCAUGUGCGUUUGCCCUUUGUGCGCCGUUUCUACCUACUGGCACAUGUGGAAGGUGAGCCCUUGGUGGCACGGUGUCAACCCUGCCUACGUCUCCUGCGGGAGGCCCGCGACUUCCAGGCUGCCCGCUAUGACCGGCAUGACCGAGGGCCAUGUGCUCGUAUGCGGCCACGACCAUCCACCGGCCUGGCAGAGAUCCUGGUGCUCAUUGGCGGCUGCGACCGUGAUUGUGAUGAGCUGGUCACUGUUGAUUGUUACAACCCGCGCACGGGGCACUGGCGCUACCUGGCUGAGUUUCCUGAGCACCUGGGCGGCGGCUACAGCAUAGCAGCGCUAGGCAAUGACAUCUACGUGACUGGAGGAUCGGAUGGAUCAAGGCUUUAUGACUGUGUCUGGAGAUACAACUCCAGUGUGAAUGAGUGGACAGAAGUGUCUCCAAUGUUGAAAGCAAGAGAAUACCACAGCUCUACAGUCUUGGAUGGGCUGUUGUAUAUUAUAGCCUCAGACAGCACAGAACGUUACGACCACUCCAUAGACACCUGGGAGGCUUUGCAGCCUAUGUCAUAUCCAAUGGACAACUGUUCUACCACAUCUUGUCGUGGCAAAUUCUUUGCUAUUGGCUCUCUAGCAGGCAAAGAAUCCAUGGUUAUACAGUGCUAUGACCCUGAAACUGACCUCUGGUCCCUAGUGAACUGUGGACAGCUGCCUCCAUGGUCUUUUGCACCAAAAACUGUGACUCUUAAUGGACUUAUCUACUUUGUAAGAGAUGACUCUGCUGAAGUAGAUGUUUACAAUCCAAUGAAGAAUGAAUGGGACAAAAUCCCUCCUAUGCUUCAGGUUCAUGUUGGGGGAAGCUUGGCUGUGCUUGGUGGAAAGCUCUAUGUCUCUGGUGGCUACGAUAACACAUUUGAACUUUCUGACGUGCUAGAAGCUUAUGAUCCAGAAACUCGAACAUGGAGCAUAGUAGGCCGGCUGCCUGAACCCACCUUCUGGCAUGGGAGCGUUAGCAUAUUCCGACAGUUCAUGCCACAAACGACACAAGAAGAUGACAGUAUCGCUCUGGAUAAUGCCAUUAACCUAAACAGGCAGCGCCAGAAUCUUCAUAAUCAGAAUCUGAAUGAGUUGCGUUAACAGUGGAAAAACUUCUCUGAGGCUUGAAGUCAAUUAUUUACAAGUAACCAGUGUUGCUUUGUGGAAGGCAAGAGGCAAGCUGGUGCUUGGGAAACUCUGAAAUGGAUUGAUCAGAAAUUGCAAGUAGGGAAGAAGUAAGAGCCUGAAAGAUUAAAAUGCUGUUGUAGUUGAGUAGUUGGCAGAAGGUUAGAGGCCUCUUUGGGUGCAUUGUCCCUCAGCACUUUUCUGUGGAUAGAGAAGGUGCAGCAUUAGCUACAGAAAAGCACUGAGAUAAGAAUUCUGGAGAAAACAGAUUUUAAAAAGAAAGCACCACUGUUACUCUUCCAGGCAGCAAUGUGCAGCAAUUGAUUAGAGAGCUUUCACUAGUACUCGAAGUCAGCAUCGUUUCACAGCAUAACACUUCAUAUUUGCCACCAAAUUCCAUUUUGUUGUGCGAGGUUUUAUGGAAACAUAGACCCUAGGGAGAACCAAAGUUCCCUAACAUCAGAGGCGAGAGAUUGGUUUGGUAAGGUGUGCCUCCAGAUUUAAUGUGCUCCAGAGGAAGAUGAAUGUCUUGCUCAGGCCUUUGCCAAUAGGAGCUAUGGGGAAAUUUUUCCACUCACAAAUUGUGGGUUCGUUCUAGAUAUGCAGAUAUGAGGAUAGAAAUAUCUAGCCCUAAAUAUACUGAUAGUCACCAUAAACUUUAGUCACUCGUCAUACUUUCAUGAAGAACCUAUUAGAUUGCAAUGGUUUAAAAAACACAGUGUAUAGAUAUUAAGGUUCAGAAUCAUGAAGUAUGAAAUUUCCCUCCCUGCAACCUUAAAUGUACGAUAAACUAAUUAUUAAAAACCCGUAUAGCACUGUAAGUUUAUACAGAUUUUUCCAUUAUUCCAUGCAGCUUGCAUUUUUAUUGGUACUUGCUUGGAAAAUUUUUCUUUAGAAACUUUUCAUUUUUAAAAGUGAUGCAGGUUCACAAUCCUAGACUGAGUGAAAUCUCAAAUACGUUUCAUUUUUAAGCAAAUAUGUCUGAGAGUGGGGAUAAACACUAGGGGCUAGGGACUCUUGGGCUGUCUCUAAACUACAUCCCUUUUCUGGAAAAGGGGAUGUAAAUUAGACACUUUGAAAUUGCA